AUGCUCGUAUCCACCGUCGGAGGAUUCUCAUCCCUCACAGCCAGCGUAUCCCUCGCGCCACCCUCGCCCUCGCCGUUCGGGGCAUCGGAGCUCCAGCUACGCCCGCCCCAGGCGCCGCUGCUCUCGCGCCGCCCGUCAGCCCGCUCUGUGCGGUCGUUCCGCUCGUGGGUGCAGCCGCCUGCGCCGUCGAUCACAGCCAUGCGCUUCGAGUCGUCCUCGUCCCUCGCGUUCCCGUCCAAGGCCAUCCGCACCUCUAAAGACGCAAUCACCACGCUGCAGCUGUACCCCGGGCCGGUGGUGUCGAGAUACCCCGUCACCGUCAUCCGCUCCUACGUCGAGCACAAGCUCCUCAAGGGCCGCACGCCCGCCGAAAUCAGCUACAAGCUCGAGGGGCUCGAGGGCCAGCUGCCCCAGUUCGCCACCGCGUUUGUUCUCGUGCGCUACUUCAACAACCUCGGCACGGGGUCCGCCGGGGGCGGCGCGGCGCUCGAGAGCAGCCCCGCGUGGCCGCCCGACCUCGCCCACCUCGACCAGGACAUUGUCGACGCCGCCCGCGUGACCAUGAACCUGGUGGCCAUUCGCCCGCCUACACGCCGGAGCACCGUCGCCGCCGCACUGUUCGGCGCGCUCAGGCCCCGCACGCGCAGCCUCUCGGCCCUCAAGGCGGCUGGCGCGGCGGGCGGCACCAACCGGCCCGCAGGCUUCUCGAGCCUCCACCUCCCCCCGAGGUCAUCACUGAGCGAGUACUACCCCAUCGUUGCGCGCGCCCCGUCCGCGCCACCCGCGCCGCUUUCGCCGCCACCGCCGACCCGCCCCACGGUCGUCACGACGCGCAGGAGAGCGCCGUCGUCGUUGGCGUCCCCCGACGCCGUGUCCCCCGCCUCGUCGACCCCGCACACGGCCGACAUGCUCUUCUACCCCACGCCGCACUCGGUCGACGCGACCCCGACCACCGCGACGACGCCGACACAAGAGGACACGUUCGGCAUGUCGAUCAACAUCGGCAUGGGCACGCCGUCGCUCCGCUCCCUGUCGCUGUCGUUCCCGGGCGGGACGACGGCGACGCCAGUGUCGACGCCCGUGGGCGGAAGUUAUCCUCCGCAGCUGAGCGUGCGCCUCCCGGAUCUGUCACUUGACGGGCUGUUUGACUUUCCGCGCUCGCCAACGCUCGAGGGAGAGCGGGCGUACACAACCGACGAUAUUGUCGAGCGCGAGCAUCCAGUGUCAAUUGGGCCCCGGCCUGCGACUGCCUUCCUGUGA